AUGGCUACUACAGGAAAAUUUCAUAGCCAAGCUAAACCGGUUAAAGUAACUGGUGAUCAUAGUAUUGACGAAUGUAAUCAUCGUCUUCAUGGCCAGUAUAUUCAUUAUAAACCCUUAAAAGCAACAGAAGGCAAAGAGAAAGUUAAAACUUUUGAAGGGCAUGGAACUAGAGAACUUAUUGUACCAAGUAGGGUACCUUUGGAUGUGCCCGGCAUUCUGCCAAAUUCCGAAUUUCAAAGACUUAAGAAGCAGGCACACGUUGUUACUGUCCAGGAUAGGAUGACGAUGCUGGAGGAAGCUGAAAGGCAGAAAAAUAAACUGGCAAUGGAAAGUGCGCUAAGGAAAGAAAAUUUAUUAAAAGCUCAAAAGCCUCAAAUGGCUGUGCCAGGAAGCAAAUUGGAAACGGUUGAAACGGAGGUUGCCAGUAAAAAUCUAUAUCUAUUGAAAAGGUCCCAAGAGUUGAUUAUUGAGCAAGACGAUCGGGUAAAAGCGGCCAAUGGGGUUAUAUUGGCAGCCAAAUGUCGUGCUAUCCGUAAUGCCCAAAUUGCGGAAAAGAAGUUGAUUGAAAAGCAGUUACAAGAGGAAAACAAGAGACUAGACAUGAUGAUGGAGCAGCAAAGACAGAAGAAGAUACUAGUCGAAGAGCAAAAGAGAGAGUUAGAUAAGAAGAAAAUGGAAAGAUAUACAGUGGAAAUCAAACAGCAAAUAAAAGAAAAUGAACUGAAUCGUCUCAUGGAAGCAGAAAUAAUUGAGGAGGAGAGUAAAAUGUUAAAUAAAGCGUUAAUCCAGAUGCAAAAGGAAGAGCAGCAGAAAGAAUUGGCGAAGAAGGAAUUGCAAGCUCAAAUGCGUGAGGAGUUUAAGAAGGCGAAUAUCGAUGUUGAAAAUUAUAAACUCCUCAAGCAGGAAGAGCAGAGGAUUGCCGAUAUGAGAAAAGAGAAAGAGUGGAGAGAAAAAGAAAAAGCCGCCGCUUUGAAGCAGAAGAAGUUAACGGCAGACUUGAAGGAAUCGAGAGCUCGACAGAUCGAAGAUAUUAGAAAACAACAAGCCGUGGCUUUGGCUAGAGACGAGGAAGAUUUCAUGAAGGUGGCAAAAGUUCAGCGCAUGCUCUUCGAAAAAGACAUGGUGGAAAGGGAGAAGAAGAAGGAAUUGAAACUGAAACACAAAAAGGAACUCUUGAAGCAGAUAAACGAGAAAGAAAAAGAGAGGAUCAUGCACCAGCAGGGAAUAUUCGAGGAUGGAAAAGCACAGAGGCUCGAAUACGAAAUCAAUGACAGAAAGGUUGAGGAUUACCUCAAAGAUAAGGUUGAGCGCCUUAGAGAAAAUAAUGUUCCUGAUCAAUAUAUUAAGGAUAUUGAAAGACAGCUGAAGAUAAAAAAAUGAGGAAAU